CCUAGUCGGCAGUACCACGGUUGCCGCGAACGUGUAAAUAGAACUAUAAAUACUUUGAAAAAUCGAACACUCCAAAGGCAUUCUGCUAUGAACCCGAAACGAGUUUGAAUUUCGAAUUGAACGAGACAGAGAAGCGGCAAAAUGAUCGACCCGAGCUCAUCCGAAGAGGACAGUGAUGAUGAACACAAGAAACAACCGACUAAACUACCAGUUGUACCCCCAGGCGGACUCGCUGGGGGUAGACCUUCAGUUAGAGGGAAACCCGAACUACCAAGAGGUUCUACAGCUGGCCUUGCAGGGGCGAGCCCUUUGACGACCGCGCCGCUCGCUGCACCCCUCCACCCCGCGACCCGACAAAGGGAGGCAGCCGCUCUUGCACCCCCACAACACGCAUCCUUCUUGCGCAGGACGUCCACGGGAAGCGCCAGCUCCGGGGAAGCACCUGCCCCGUCACCCAGCCCCUCGGGUACUAGCCACUCGGAUAAGGACCAAGAUCCCCAGGAGAAGAUAGAGAAACUGGAAGAAGAUAAGAAGAGACGCCUGCAGCUCUAUGUGUUUGUAUCAAGAUGUGUAGCGCAUCCGUUCAACGCCAAGCAACCUACGGACAUGACAAGGCGGCAUACAAAACUGACGCCCAACCAACUCGAAACUAUACAGGCUAGGUUUCAGGCUUUCCUAAAAGGGGAGACGCAGAUCCUAGCAGACGAGGCCUUCCAAAACGCAGUACAAUCUUACUACGACAUAUUCCUUAAGAGUGAAAGAGUUGAACAGAUGGUGAAGGCAGGCGCCUGCUCACACCAUGACUUCCGCGAGGUCUUCAGGAACAACAUCGAAAAACGUGUCAGUAAACUUUCCAGGUCUUUACCGGAAAUCGAUGGACUUAGCAAGGAGACAGUUUUGACCACUUGGCUAGCGAAACUGGAUUGUAUCAUGAAAGGAACUGGAAUAACAGGUAUACCUGGAGACGAUGAAACAAAGCGACCAUCUCGCGCACAACAGCAGAGCUUAAAUGCUGAAUGCAUUCUGAGCAAGGAGCAACUUUACGAUAUGUUCCAGCAAAUACUGGGCGUUAAGAAGUUCGAACAUCAACUCUUAUUCAACGCACUAUUGCUGGACUCAGCUGAUGAGCAAGCGGCUGCUAUUCGAAGAGAACUAGAUGGGAGGAUGCAGAAGGUCAACGAAAUGGAGAAGAACCGGAAGCUCAUGCCCAAGUUCGUGCUGAAAGAAAUGGAGUCGCUGUACAUCGAAGAGCUGAAGUCUUCCAUCAAUCUGCUGAUGGCAAACCUGGAGUCGCUGCCCGUGUCCAAGGGCGGCGCGGACUCCAAAUACGGCCUUCAUAAGAUCAAGCGGUAUAAUCACAGAUCGAACGCUGGACCAGAUCCGAGUCCAAGGUUGAGUAAGCAGCUAUGUUUCAGAUCGCAAGGAUCUCUAGCAAACAAGCUAACGGGUGGUGGUGAGGCAGAUGGGGGUGACGUUGACACACAGCUCACAAAAAUGGAUGUAGUUCUUACGUUCCAGAUAGAGGUGGUUGUAAUGGAAGUCAAAGGAUUGAAGUCGUUAGCUCCUAAUAGGAUAGUCUACUGUACGAUGGAAGUUGAAGGGGGUGACAAACUGCAGACAGACCAAGCGGAAGCGUCGAAACCCAUGUGGGACACCCAAGGUGAUUUCAGUACUACGCAAUCUUUACCAGCUGUGAAAGUGAAGUUAUAUACCGAAAACCCUGGAGUCCUAGCACUUGAAGAUAAAGAGUUAGGAAAAGUUGUCCUCAGGCCUACACCACUAUCUAGCAAGGCACCAGAAUGGCAUCGCAUGACGGUACCCAAGAACCUGCCGGAUCAGGACCUGAGGAUAAAGAUCGCUUGUCGUAUGGACAAACCUUUGAACAUGAAACAUUGUGGUUACCUCCACGUGAUCGGUAAGGCGGUAUGGCGGAAGUGGAAGCGAAGGUAUAUGGUGCUGGUUCAAGUGAGCCAGUACACCUUCGCUCUGUGCUCUUACAAAGACAAGAAGUCGGAGCCAGCGGAGAUGAUGCAACUGGAUGGCUUCACAGUCGACUACAUUGAACUGGCCAGUGCCCAGCUGAUGGUUGGACAAGAACUGGAAGGAGCGAAGUACUUUAUGAACGCGGUGCGUGACGGCGAAUCUGUUCUCAUGGGGGUCGGCGACGAGAACGAAUGUCAUUUGUGGGUGAUGGCGCUGUACCGAGCCACGGGGCAAAGUCACAAGCCAACACCUCCCACUACUUCGGACACGCAUAUUAAAAUUAUGGGAGAUGCAGAUAAGGCCCGCAAACAUGGCAUGGAGGACUACAUUCAGGCGGACCCCUGCCAGUUCGAUCAUCAUCAGCUGUUUACGCUUCUCCAAUCCUUCACCUUGAAAUACAGACUUCAAGACCCUUACUGCUCUUUGGGCUGGUUUUCCCCUGGCCAAGUGUUCGUGCUGGACGAGUACUGCGCGCGCUACGGCGUGCGAGGCUGCUACCGCCACCUCUGCUACCUCUCCGACCUUCUGGACGUGGCUGAGAGUGGCCAGCAGACAGUCGACCCCACUCUCAUGCACUACUCCUUCGCCUUCUGCGCCAGUCACGUCCACGGCAACAGUACGGCCACGUUGCCUGGCAGGCCAGACGGGGUGGGCAGCAUCACAGUUCAAGAGAAAGAAAAGUUCGCAGAGAUCAAGGAACGGCUGAAGACAUUGCUGCAGCAUCAGAUCACAAACUUCAGAUACGCGUUCCCGUUCGGCCGACCUGAAGGUGCUCUGAAGGCAACUUUGUCUCUAUUAGAGAGGGUGCUAAUGAAAGACGUAGUUACACCGGUGGCUCCUGAAGAGGUUCGAUCAAUGAUUCAAACCAGCUUAGAAAAUGCAGCGCUCCUUAACUACACUCAGCUAAGCCAGAAAGCUAAUAUCGAAGAGGAUCUCCGAGGUGAAACCAUGGUGACACCGGCGAAGAAACUAGAAGACCUCAUACAUCUAGCUGAACUUUGCGUAGAUCUGCUCCAACAAAAUGAAGAACACUACGCAGAGGUUUAUAACACAAAACCGGACUCUAGCGGUCAACAAAAUGCUUUUGCGUGGUUUUCUGAGCUACUCGUGGAGCACGCAGAGAUCUUCUGGGCGCUGUUUGCAGUAGACAUGGAUCGAGUGCUCUCUGAACAACCCCCGGAUACAUGGGACUCCUUCCCACUGUUCCAGAUUUUGAAUGACUAUUUAAGAAACGAUGACAACUUAAGAAACGGGAGAUUCCACGAACAUUUACGUGAUACUUUUGCUCCUCUUGUGGUCCGAUACGUUGACCUCAUGGAGUCCUCCAUAGCGCAGUCUCUUCACAAAGGAUUUGAGAAGGAGCGCUGGGAGAUCAAGGGCAACGGCUGUUCAACGAGCGAAGAAUUGUUCUGGAAACUGGAUGCGCUGCAAUCCUUCAUCAAAGACCUGCAUUGGCCUGAGGCAGAGUUCAGAACACAUCUCGAGCAGCGACUCAAACUAAUGGCCAGCGACAUGAUGGAGACCUGCAUCCAGAAAACUGAGGCUUCUUUCCAGGCGUGGCUGAAGAAGAGUGUAUCCUUCAUUUCGACGGACUACAUCUUACCAGCGGAGAUCUGCGCGAUGGUGAACGUCGCUCUGGAUGCUAAGAACCAGGCCCUGAAGCUGUGCGCUGUUGAAGGAGUCGACAUCUACCAGUACCAUGCUAAAAUGGAUGCCCAGAUCGAGGCGUGCCUGCAAGCGAUGUCUACGGGUAUGACCACGCGGCUGGCGGCGGUGCUGGAGUCAACGCUGGCGAAGGUCGGCCGCUUCGACGAAGGCAGUUUGAUAGGCUCGUUCUUGAAUAUCGCAAACGUUUCGAGUUCCGGCAAGGACAUCGGCCAGGGUUAUGUCAACUUCAUGAGAAACUCUAUGGACCAAAUCAGAUCUAAGGUGACAGACGAGCUGUGGAUUCUACAGCUGUUCGAGCAGUGGUACGGCGUGCAGAUCAACCUCAUCAACACCUGGCUGGCGGAGCGGCCAGCACUGCAUCCGCAGCAGGUGGCCUGCCUCUCCAUCGUUCUCAAGAAAAUGUACAGUGACUUCGAGCUCCAGGGUGUCAUCGACGAUAAACUCAAUUCCAAGGCUUACCAGACCGUGGCAGGACGAAUGCACACCGAGGAGGCCACGUGCAGUUUACUUCUCGCUCAGCAGGACCAAGGGAGUGGCGAUGAUGGUGGUUCCGAAGAUGGCGCGAAAGGCGGCAAAUCUAAAUUAGAAUCUCUCACAGAAGAAGCAAAAUUGGGCAAUGUUACAGCUGUUGUUGGAAAGAUGGGUAACAUGUUUGGGCGUGGAAUAGGUGAACUAUCAACCAAAUUAGGCGGCGCGUCGUCAUGGUUUUAAAGCUUCAAACGGACAACUUUAUCGAUACCGUACCUUCUCUUCAUACUAAUUUACUUAAUAUCGAUGUAAUAUUAUGAGGUUACGAAAUGCUUCUGUUAAUCUUUCUACCUGGAACUAAUGUGAUGUCGAUAAAUUUAAAUAUUUAAAUGUUUUAAUAAAAAUAGAAGACAUAGU